AUGAAGUUUCUUCUGGUGCUUAUCGGUCUUUUGCCGUUGGCCGACGCUUUCGCUUACCGAUGCAUCGCUUUGGUCGGUUUUUCUUUGCCUAUCACUUGAAAUUCAUCUGAAAAACUGAAUAUUUUGAAAAUAGGAGACUUCUAGUUUUUUUGAUGCAUAUUUGUGAAAAUUCGUUGACUUUGAUAUGGUUUAUUUGGAAUAAAAGAACAAAAGUAGCAUUUCAGCAAUUUGAAUCCCUUCAAAAAAUCUGGAAUAAAUUGCAAUCAUUCAAGUUUCAGGAUAGCAAGAAUGAAGGCAUGCAAAUCAUCCCUCUUAAUGGAUCACUGAAUGUUCGCGACAGCUUCACCAUCACCGGAACCGCUAAGGCCAAGGGCGAAUAGUAAUAUUGCUCAAUAUCAGUUCAUUUCGAAACUUAAAAUUUCAGCUUCGUUUUCAACUUUUUCGAAGGAUCCCCGAAGAAGGUCGACCCGAACAACCUCAUUUCUCUUCAUGUCAAAGUCUACUUGGAGAACGGCAACAUCAUCUUCAGUACCUUGCCGGUAAGAGUUCCAGUGAAAUGGGUUCGCUUUGAGGCUCAUCCAACCUAAAACGACUUGCGUGCCAAGUCAUCGAGAAGCGUAGGAGCUAGCAUUUCGUCGUACGGUCGUUUAUUCUCAAAAAAUGCCAACAGUUAGUGAAUCGAGAAGGUCAUCCAAUCUGAAAACGACGUGUGCUCUAAGGCGUUGAAAAGCUGAAGAGCUAGCUUUCCCGUGCAACCGUAGUAUAGAAAAUUCGAGAAAUAUGUCCUGAAUAAUUAAGAAACCUGGACAUUGGUACCCUGAAGAGCCCAAGCAGACUGUCAUCAAGAACGGCGUCGACUUCAAGCUCGAUAUCAAGUAUUCAUCGUCUUUCUCUUUUCAAAAAAAGAAAAAUCAUGGAUUCAAGGCUCCGCGAGAACGACUAUUUGAUUUACGUCAACGACAAGCUCAUCUGGACCUACAACUACCGUAAGCCCAGCUUCGAGACCGUCAAAGCCAUCGGAAUCUCCGGAAUCAAGUUCAGAAACACAGUGUGAGCUCCGAGAAAAUUACAGGGUACACUUGAAGAAGAAAUUUCAGUGCUUGCUCGCCUGAUCGUGGAGUGCCGAGUAAAUCUGACUCGAAAAUCGUCUUGAUCGAAAACGGAGUCGUCAAGAUCAAUUGUGAGUUGAACGAUCUUUGGAAUGGCUUGAGGGUCUUUCUAGAGCGCGCCCGACUUUUAACAACUUGCGCGAUAGAAAAUGCUAAACACAAAGCGAAUUGGGAGCAAUUGAUCGUGUAUCGAAAAGCAUUGAAAAUGUUUUUUUUUUCAAGGCAGAAUAGUCUCAGCUCAAAAAUCUGAGCUUUUAAAAUGUCACUCAUUUUUGCAUAUUCAAAAAUCGCCUUCAGAUGCCACAACUAUCUUGGAUUCCGACCUGACGCCAGCGGGAAAGAAGAAGAUCGGUCCAGUGGCUCUCAGCACGGUCGUCAUCGAAAUUUGA